GCACAUGUAAACAAGCAUGGACUUCUCUGCGAAGUGGACGGAUGUGGCCAAAAGUCCAAGUUUGAAGAAUCUGACGGACGGAGGCUUCGGCGUGUUGAAGGAAAGUCAACAGAGCUCUAUUCAGGAUUUAGUCAGAGCUCACAUUGACUCUUUCGACCAGGCCGUCACUGUCGGACUCAGCCGCGUCGUGCAGGCCAUCCCGCCUUUGGAGUUCACGCUGAAAAAUGACAGGAUCGGCCUGUCGUUUGUGGAGGCCGCCAUCUACCAGCCGGUGGUUUCCAAAGGGAGUGUCUGCAGAGAGAUGAGAGUGUUCCCAGCAGAGUGUCGGGGAAGAAGAUGCUCGUACAAAGGAAAAAUAGUGGCGGACGUCAGCUGGUCCAUCAACGGCAUUCCCAAAGGCAUCAUCAAGCAGUCUUUGGGUCAAGUGCCCAUCAUGGUGAAGUCCAAGUUGUGUAACCUACAUGGCAUGUCACCCAAACAGCUGGUAGAACACCAUGAGGAGGCAGAGGAAAUGGGAGGCUACUUCAUUGUGAAUGGAAUCGAGAAGGUCAUCCGCAUGCUGGUUAUGCCCAGGAGGAACUAUCCUAUCGCCAUGUCGCGGCCCAAGUGGAAGAGCAGAGGGCAGGGAUACACCCAGUAUGGUAUUUCCAUGCGCUGCGUCAAGGAAGAGCACACGGCCAUCAACAUGAACCUGCACUAUCUGGAGAACGGCACGGUAAUGGUCAACUUCAUCUACCAGAAGGAGCUCUUCUUCCUGCCACUUGGCUUUGCACUGAAGGCGCUGGUGGAUUUCACAGACUUUCAGAUCUUCCAGGAGCUGAUUAAAGGCCGCGAGGACAACUCCUUCUACAAGAGCUGCGUCUCUGAGAUGCUGCGGAUGGUCUCGGACAAGGGCUGCACCACACACAGCAAGGUGCUGGCCUACCUGGGUGAACGCUUUCGUGUCAAGAUGAACCUCCCUGAGUGGUACACCAACGAGGAGUGUGCCAACUUCCUGCUGCACGAGUGUAUCUGCAUCCACCUGAGGUCCGGCCUGGAGAAGUUCUACAUGCUGUGUCUGAUGACCAGGAAGCUCUUCACCUUCGCCAAGCAGGAGUGCAUGGAGGAGAAUCCCGACAGCAUCAUGUGUCAGGAAGUGCUCACUCCUGGUCAGCUCUACCUCAUGUUUCUCAAAGAGAGGAUGCUUGCCUGGCUGGUGUCGGUCAAGCUGUCCUUCGACAAGCGAGGAAGUCGGAUGAAUGGCGGCUGGAGCGCUGAUAACAUAAUGAAAAUCUUCAACAUGGGCACUGACCUCACCAAACCUUUUGAAUACCUGCUGGCCACAGGGAACCUCAGCUCCAAGACAGGUCUGGGCAUGCUGCAGAACACGGGUCUUUGCGUGGUCGCCGACAAGCUCAACUUCAUCCGCUACCUCUCGCACUUCCGCUGCGUGCACAGAGGCGCCGUCUUCGCCAAGAUGAGGACCACCUCUGUUAGGAAGCUGCUGCCUGAGUCCUGGGGCUUCCUGUGUCCUGUCCACACCCCCGACGGGGAGCCGUGCGGCCUCAUGAACCACAUGACUGCCAGCUGUGAGAUUGUGACACCGUCGCUGUCCACCUUGACGCUGCCCGCCCUGCUGUGUUCCCUUGGUGUCACUCCGGUGGAUGGUAGUCCCGGUCAAGCCUAUUCUGACUGCUACCCUGUAGUUCUGGAUGGUGCCGUGGUAGGCUGGGUGGAGGCAGAGUUAGCCCCCGGCGUGGUUGAUUCACUGCGCACAUUCAAGGUGCUGCGAGAGAAGAAGAUCCCUCCCUGGACUGAGAUUGUUUUGGUUCCCAAAACCAAGAAAGCCAGCUUGUACCCGGGCCUCUUCCUCUUCACCACGCCUUGCCGCAUGGUGCGACCUGUCCACAACUUGACCCUGGGACAACAAGAGCUGAUUGGAACCUUUGAACAGCUCUACAUCAACGUGGGCGUCAUGGAGGAUGAGGUGGAGGCGGGCGUGACCACCCACCAGGAGCUCUUCCCUCACAGCAUGCUGAGCGUGGUGGCCAACUUCAUCCCCUACUCGGACCACAACCAGAGUCCCAGGAACAUGUACCAGUGUCAGAUGGGUAAACAGACCAUGGGCUUCCCGCUGCAUGCCUUCUUAGACCGCUCAGAUAACAAGUUGUACCGACUGCAGACCCCACAGAGCCCCCUGGUGAGGCCUCACAUGUAUGAUCACUACAACCUGGACAACUACCCCAGCGGCACAAACGCCAUCGUGGCCGUCAUAUCCUACACGGGCUACGACAUGGAGGACGCCAUGAUCGUGAACAAGGCGUCGUGGGAGCGGGGCUUCGCUCACGGCUGCAUCUACAAGACAGAGUUGGUGGACCUGGCCGACAAGGCACGAGGCCAGGACGGUGUGGUUUUCGGGGCCAAGCCGGGCGACCCGAAGGUGGAAGACAGACUGGAAGCGGACGGACUUCCUGCCAUUGGAUCAACAUUGCGAUACGGCGACCCCUUCUACAGCUACAUCAACCUCAACACCGGCCAGACCUUCGUCACCUACUACAAGAGCCAGGAGGCGUGCGUCGUGGACAACAUCAAGGUCUGCAGCAACGACGCCGGCUCGGGCCCCUUCAAGCGUGUCUGCAUCACGAUGCGAGUGCCAAGAAACCCAGCCAUCGGGGACAAGUUUGCCAGCCGCCACGGCCAGAAGGGCAUCCUGAGCCGCUUGUGGCCCCCCGAGGACAUGCCCUUCACCGAGAGCGGGAUGAGUCCAGACAUCCUCUUCAACCCCCACGGCUUCCCCUCACGUAUGACCAUCGGGAUGCUUAUCGAAAGCAUGGCAGGCAAGUCGGGCGCCCUACACGGCCUGAGUCAUGACGCCACGCCCUUCACCUUCUCAGAGAAGAACUCUGCCUUGGAGUACUUUGGCCAAAUGCUGCGGGCAGGUGGCUACAACUACUACGGCACUGAGCGCCUCUACAGCGGUAUGAGCGGUCUGGAGCUGGAGGCGGACAUCUUCAUAGGCGUGGUCUACUACCAACGGCUGCGUCACAUGGUCUCAGACAAGUUCCAGGUGAGAACCACGGGGGCGCGCGAUAAGGUGACCAACCAGCCGGUCGGGGGGAGGAACAUCCAGGGGGGCAUCCGUUUCGGGGAGAUGGAGAGAGAUGCCCUGCUGGCUCACGGAUCCUCCUUCCUGCUCCACGACCGCCUCUUCAACUGCUCCGACCGCUCUGUGGCACAGGUGUGCGUUGACUGCGGCAGCUUGAUGUCGCCCUUGCUAGAGAAGCCGCCGCCCUACUGGUCCUCCACGCGACACCGCAAGACCGUAUGUACACUGUGCGGCAAAAGUGACUCCAUUGACUCGGUGUCUGUGCCGUACGUCUUCCGCUACUUUGUGGCCGAGCUCGCCGCCAUGAACAUCAAAGUCAAACUGGAUGUGAAGUGAAGGCUGCUUAGGAGAAGGAUCUCAGGAUUUUUUUUUUUUUUUUUUGGAAAGACAAAACUGAAACAUCGCCCUUAUGGGGCUGGUUGGUUAUAUCGCCACGGCUACCUGCUAGUAAUGGAAUGUCUAAUGGAAUUAUUCUCACAAUUUAGUACAAUUAAUAAAAGGACUCUAAAAUCCAGUUCUAAUCCCGGACAAGUGAAUGCGAUAAUAAA